AGCUGUCUCGGGAAGGAGUUUGCUGACACUGGUUUGAGAGCUGUCGACUCGUACGUGCUGCCGCGACUAAUUUCGGCCUUGAUUCAACCUGACUGUUGCGUCCACUACCGCAAUGGCUGCACAAGUGGGAGGACUCCGAAUUGGCGCCAGCCUUGACAUUCUGCGAAGCGACGGGCGCAUUCACUCAGCCACGGUUGUCAGCAUUGACAAGGACAAGCAGGUCACGAUGGCUGAGUGGUACGAGGACGGGGAAAAAAAGGGCAAGGAGAUUGAGUUCAGCAAAGUUUUUGAGCUGAACCCGGGACUACAGAACGUGAACCGGAGCUUUGGUAAAAAGCUCCCAAGGUAUACGCAAGUGUCAGUGCCGUCGGCCAGUUCCGCCGCAAUGCAAGACCGGCAUAGCCUGGCUGCACCAACACUGCACUAUCAGGGCGUUCACGACCGCGCCCUGCGGCCACCACCCGUGCCAGUUUCCACGGCGAAGCCCAGAAACUCAUACUCCUCCAUGGCCAAGGACCGGCCAAUGAACUCAGCUGCAACGCCGCGGCAGUCUCAAGAGCAGCUCCCUCCGAGGGCGCUGGUUGCCCCUAGAGCUAGCAUGCCCUGCCUGAGCGCAGUCAACCAUCGGAACACCAACGUGGCCACAAAGGUGGUCAGUGCCAAGAUGCAGCGAGAGGAGCAGAGAGCACGGCAGCUCAGUCCCGUCGAGGAGCAGCGGGAGCGAAGGGACGUUGACCCGGGAAAUCCCAACUGGGAGUUCCUUUCCAUGAUCCGAGAGUACAGGUCUACACUACACAUCAAGCCUCUCUCCAUGAGUGACCAAGCAGAAGUGCAUCAAAUUUGUGUGGCGGUUCGCAAGAGGCCACUAAAUAAAAAAGAACUAAAUCGCAAGGAAGUGGACGUUAUCACUGUACCCAACGGAGAUCGCGUCGUUGUGCACGAGCCAAAGCUAAAGGUGGACCUCACAAAGUUCCUCGAAAACUCAACCUUUCGUUUUGACUAUGCCUUCGAUGAGACAGCCAGCAAUGAGCUUGUAUACAAGUACACCGCACGGCCACUAGUACAGACCAUAUUCAAGGGCGGGAUGGCGACGUGCUUCGCCUAUGGGCAGACUGGCAGUGGCAAAACACAUACCAUGGGUGGAGAUUUCUCCGGGAAGGUGCAAGAUUGUUCGAAAGGCAUCUAUGCGCUCGCAACAAAAGAUGUGUUUAAGCUGUUGAAGUCUCCUCAAUAUAGGAAUGAAGGUCUAGUGGUCUCUGCAAGCUUCUUCGAAAUCUACAGCGGGAAAGUAUUUGACCUGCUCAACGCGAAGGCAAAGCUCCGAGUGCUGGAAGAUGGCAGACAGCAGGUGCAGGUUGUGGGACUCGUUGAGAGGGAAGUCGACUCCGUUGAUGAGGUCCUCGAGCUUAUUCAACAGGGCAGCAGUGUCAGAACAUCUGGGCAAACAUCAGCCAACCAGAACUCCUCUCGCUCCCACGCAGUGUUUCAAAUAAAUGUCAGGCGAAGGAAUUCCGGUCGUCUCCACGGGAAGUUUUCGCUCAUUGACCUGGCAGGUAACGAGCGGGGUGCAGACACUUCUAGUGCCAACCGGCAGACAAGGACAGAAACUGCCGAGAUCAACAAGAGCCUGCUAGCCCUCAAGGAAUGCAUCCGCGCUUUGGGUCGUCGUGGUGCCCACCUUCCGUUUCGGGCCAGCAAGCUUACACAGGUCCUCAGAGAUUCGUUCAUCGGCGAGAACUCUCGCACCUGCAUGAUUGCUAUGAUCUCUCCAAGCCUGAGUUCUUGUGAGCACUCCCUCAACACGCUGCGUUAUGCAGACAGAGUGAAGGAGCUUGGUGUCGUGGACCGACCAGAGCUUGAGCCUGCCUCAAACGAGGACGCAGAGAUGGCUCCAGAAAGUGAAGAGGAAGACACCCUGGUUCUAAGGAGAGCCUGUGAUGACGUGGAGAUGUCUGAAAACAUGCACAGAUUCCACGAAGCCCACUCCCACCUACAAGAGAUGGAGGAAGAAAUCCUGGAUCUGCACAAAACUAUUGUUCAGGCGAGCGAAGCGUGGAUACAACAGGACAUGGAUCUUCUCACCAUGACAAGUGAAGUUGACUAUGACCUUGACCUGUACGCGCAAAAGCUCAAGGAUCUACUAACUGAGAAGAUGGAGGUCUUCUCCAAGUUCAAUGGGAAAGUGACUGCAUUCCAGCAAUACCUGACCGAGGAAGAAACAAUUAGCAAGAACAUCAAGCGGCGUCUGAAGUGAUUUACACGUGCACAGCGGUCGACCAACGUGACUCGUCUUGCCACCUCCUCUCGCAACUGCCAACGGCUCUGUGUUUAGGCCAUUUCACCAUUUCUAAAGACCAGUGUCGCCCUCUAACCUGUAAACUUUCAUUGAGAGGGCAGGCAUGGGUUGGUGUACAUUUUUCUUUUUUCUGACCUCGUGAUAGGCCAUCACUGCAUUCUGUAAUAUAUUUGUACAGAUGGUUUUAACUAUUGACUGCGUAUUUUUAUGUGCAAUACCCGGUACGUAAAAUUUGACAAUUAAAAAUAACUAAGUGCAUGUGGGUGGUGGUGGAGGUGGUUGGUGGAACAUGCUGAUUUUUAUUUUUAUUCAGUUAUAAACUUCCAGCACCCCUUGUGCACAUCAUUGCAUGUGUUUUUCUGCCAAAUUUUCCUUAAAUAUAAACUUCGCAUGCAAUGCAUAUGUG